CCAUUGUUUUCACCACAAAGAGAGCAAUAAAAAGAAAGGGGUAAAAAUGGUGGUGAAGGUGUACGGACCAGACUACGCUUCUCCGAAGAGAGUAAUCCUUUGUUUGAUCGAGAAAGAGAUCGAUUACGAGACUGUCGAUGUUGACGUCUUCAAAGGGGAGCACUUGUCUCCUCAGUAUCUCAAGCUGCAGCCUUUUGGAGUUCUUCCUGUUAUUGAGGAUGGAGACUACAUAUUAUAUGUUGUGUGCAGAAUCAAGGGCUAUCAUCAGGUACUAUGCUGAGAAAUAUAGGUCUCAAGGUAGUGAGCUAUUAGGUAAAACAAUAGAAGAAAGAGGCCUAAUAGAGCAGUGGCUAGAUGUCGAGGCGCACAACUUCCAGCCACCGCUGUACGACCUUGUAGUUCAACUCUUGUUUAACCCGAAAACUGGUGUUGCAUCUGAUCCAAAACGCAUCCAAGAAGACGAGGAGAAACUUGCAAAGACUUUGGAUGUGUAUGAAGAGAGGCUGUCGGUGAGCAAAUACUUGGCGAGCGACACCUUUAGCCUGGCGGACCUCAGCCACAUCCCCAUCAGUAACUACUUGGUGACCACUCUCAAAAAAGACUACUUGAUUCGGGACAGGAAGAAUGUGAGCAGAUGGUGGGAUGAUAUUAGUAGCAGGCCAUCUUGGAAGAAGGUGCUUGAGCUCCAUCCACCGGUACUCUAGUUCUUCUGUUAUAAAAUGUGUCGCAUCCUAUCUUAUACAUAAACGGCGCUAGCAGUGAAGCCGGGGAUGGGAAGGUAGUCUGAAAUAAGUGAGAUGUAUUUGUGUCUUUUGUUUUGAUUUGAUGGAACUAGUGUGUGUUGUUGUUGUGAUGAAUAAACAUCCUUUUUAGGACCUUUUUGCUUUUA